AUGGCGGUGGCGGCAGGGGACAUCACGACGUUCAACAUCCAGCACGGCUACGUGGAGGGCCUGGUGCGCGGCUUCCGCUCGGGCUUCCUGGACGACGUGGACUACCACCACCUCACGCAGUGCGAGAGCCUCGAAGAUGUGAAGCUGAACCUGCAGGAGACGGACUACGACCAGUUCCUGGCGGACGAGUCGGGCACCAUCUCGCCCGGCCUGAUCCAGGCCGGUACGACCAACAAGCUGGUGGAGGAGUUCAACUUCUUGCGCGCGCAGGCCAUGGAGCCGCUGGGCCAGUUCCUGGACUUCAUCACGUACGAGUACAUGAUCGACAACGUGAUCCUGCUCCUCAAGGGCACGCUUAACGGACGCGACGUGAACGAGCUCAUCGGGCAGCUCCACCCACUGGGCAAGUUCAACGAGUCCAUCAUGCGCAGCAUUUGCACGUUCGAGCCGAAUGCCAAGGGCUACUCGGACCUGUACGAGACUGUGCUGAUCGAUACCCCCAUCGGAACGUACUUCAGCCAAUUCCUGGAGGAGAGCGCCGGCGGCGACCGCAUGGAAGGCACGUCGGACGUGCGCAAUGUGCUGGAGGAAGUGCAGAUGGAGCUCAUCAAGAACAGCAUGCUCAAGCUCUGGCUCGAAGAUUUCUACAACUUCUGCCAGGAGAUUGGAGGCGAGACGGCCGCCAUCAUGGGAGAGAUCCUCGCGGCGCGAGCUGACCGCAUCGCUAUCAACAUCACGCUGAACUCGUUCGGCACGCCGUUGAACGAGCCCGCGAUGCGUAUUUCGGACCGCAAGCCGCUGUACCCGUCCAUUGGCGCGCUAUACCCCGAUGCAACAGCGCUGCUGGCGGAAGCCGGCGAGGAAUCGGCGCUGGGUGCGGCACUGGACUCGUUCCCGGUGUACCGCAAGAUCUGGGAGGUCCACCAGGGCGAGGGCGUGGACAGCAAGUCGAUCGACGACGCCUUCUACGAGCGCGACGUGCAGAUGGCCGAGCUAGCGUUCCAGAGCCAAAUGCACUUCGCCUGCUUCUACGCGUACGUGAAGCUCAAAGAGCAGGAGGUGCGCAACCUGGUGUGGAUCUGCGAGUGCAUCGUGCAGAACCAGCGCGACGCCAUCAACAACUUCAUCCCGAUCUUCAGCGACAGCGCGCCGUGGCGCGGCAAGGGCUCCAGCAAGCACUGA